AUGGAAAAACCGGAUGUCUUUCAGCCUAUCCCUGUUAUCCUUAAUGGCUCCAACUAUGCACAUUGGGUUGAAGCUAUGCGAGAAUUUCUUAAAGGGCGAAAAUUAUGGCGAUAUGUGACUGGUGAUAUUGCCUGUCCUGUUAAGCCAAAUGUGACUGACAAAUCCAAAGAUGGUGCCUCCAAAUCCAAGGAGGAUGCUAAGAAGGACUUUUUUGGGUGUUUUGAAACUGCUAAAGAGGUAUGGGAUCAUUUGGCAAAAUGUUACACUAUUUCUGAUCUCUCUCAUCAGUACCAACUGCUUAAGGAACUUCAUAGCCUUAAGCAAGAACGUGGCCAAGCAAUUUUUUAUUUUCUUGCUCAGAUGGAGAUUAUUUGGGAUCAGUUGACCUCUUGUGAGCCUGUUCUUAAAUAUCCCGCUGAUGCUAAGGCAUAUGAGGAUUAUCAGAACCGGACACGUCUCAUCCAAUUUCUUAUGGCACUUACUGAUGACUAUGAGCUGGUUAGGGCUUCUCUUCUUCAUCAGAAUCUCUUGCCGAGUCUUGAAGAUGCUCUUCCUCGUCUUAAGUCUGAAGAAACACGCUUGGGAUUGCUUCGUUCUAAAAGUGAAACCGUCUUUGCUGCCACCGACAGAAAGGGCAAAAUCUGUCGAAACUGUAACCGGCCUGGGCAUUCCUUCUCUGACUGUCCUUCUAUUGAAUGUCGUAAGUGCAAACAAAAAGGCCACAUUGGCUCUAAUUGCCCGAAACUGUUCUGCCAUUAUUGUAAGCUCUCGGGUCACUUGAUUGCUACCUAUCCUACUAGACCACCACGUUCAGAUUAG